AGAGGGCGCCCUGCACCUCCUGCAGCGAGCGGGGGGCGGGCGGGCGCCCCGUCGGCCGCCCCCUGCCCUGCCGGCGGCCGCGCGCGCGCCCGGGCUAUCGAAGGGCCGCCAGGGGCUGGAGGGCUGCGAUGCUGUUCUCCGCCGGUGCCGCGCACAACCUCGUGGUGACCACGCGCUACGAGCUCGUGGCGUGGGGGGACAACGGGGAGGGCCAGCUCGGGGACGGGACGACGGAGGACCGCCUGCGGCCGGAGCUCAUCCUGAGCGGCGGCGUGCAGGCCGUGGCGGCCGGGCGGCACCACAGCUUGGCGUUGACGGAGGACGGCGAGCUGAUGGCCUGGGGCUGCAACGAGGACGGCCUCCUCGGCGUCGGCGUGGCCAGGCGGCAGCUGACGCCCGGGCGCCUCAUCGCCGAGGACGGCGGCCGGCUGCGGGGCAUCCGCUCGAUGGCGGCCGGCUGGAAGCAUAGCCUGGCGCUGACGGAGCAGGGGGAGGUCCUCUCCUGGGGCGCCAACGACUACGGGCAGCUUGGGAGCGGCAGCAGCGAGCCGCGCCGGACGCCCGGGCGCGUGCAGCUCCGCGGGCGGGCGCGCGCAGUGGCAGCAGGCUGGUAUCACAGCGUGGCGUUGCUGGAGAGCGGCGAGGUGUGGACGUGGGGCUUCAACACCCCCAGCGAGUCAUCCUUCCGGCCCUUGGCCAGUCCGACGCUGGUCAUUCCCUCGGGCAUCGAGUCGGUGGCCGCGGGCGGCUGCCACACCGUGGCGCUGAGUC